AUGGCUCAACGAAGAAGUUCUUUCAUGGGUCUGCUUGUGUUUCUCUUCUGCUUCAGCAUAAGCUUGAGCAAUGCCCAGAGAAUGUUUCUGGAUUCCUAUCAAAAGAGAGCACUUCAAGACUCUCAUUCCAAUGGAAUGGUCGGACAGAAUAAUGUUAGAGUCAAUUGGGUUGGAGGACAGGGCACUGGUUCUGGGUCUGGAUCCGGAAAUGGUGUUGGCUCUGGCUCUGGCACUGGUACUGGCUCUGGUUUUGGCUCUGGAGGCCAAGGUUCAACAGGGUAUGGGUCAGGAACAGGCACCGGAAGAGGCUAUGGAUCAGGAAGUGGAAAUGGGAACGGUAAUGGAUAUGGGUCUGGUUCAGGAAGUGGUUCCGGAACCGGAUCCGGAUUCGGUGAACCCGGGUGUGGCACAUACCCAGUCCCUGGAUAUCCCAAUCCUGGACAAAAUCCAUAUUAUGGAUGUGGCUGCCAACCUGACCCAUGUUCACAAAUAGGGUACGUGCAGGGAAACAUGCCCACCAAUAACAAUAAUAAUAUGGGCAAAAAGACCAGCAAUGAACAUAGCAAAGUAAAGCCACCACCACCAAAGUAUGGAGGCGGUCAGGAAUCCGUACCACCACCAGGCAAUACCAUGCAUGAAGAUAGUUGGUACCCACCACCCCGACCACAGAGGAUUCAAGCCUUGGAGUAUGAGAUUCCACCGGGCAAAGUAAAAGUUGAUGGGUUUAACCCACAGGAUGAUGAUGAUGAGCCACCAAUUAAAGAAAAAAUUGAUGGGUCUAACACACAGGAGAUUCAAGCCCAAGGCUCUACUCAACAACGUCAUCACUAA